AUAUAUACAAACUAAAAUGGAUGAACUCCACCAGUUAGCCAAAGCCUACUACCAAGCAGGCUCGCCGGAGCUAAAAAACGAAGCCCGGGAGCUGUUCAACAGCCUCGACAACGACGGAGACGGCCGCGUCGACAAAAACGAGUUCUUAUCCUUCAUGACCCAACAGGGCUACCGCUACAUGAACACCCAGAGAUUCUUCAACGAGCUCGACACCGACGGCAACCACACGUUGGAUUUCUGGGAAGUCAUGACCCUCCUCUACAUUUUUAAGAGCGGGAGGCCCUUCUGCGAUGGCUGUGGGAGAUUCAUUCCGGCCACUUAUUUCACCUGCCUUCAGUGCCCCAACUAUGACCUCUGCAUUUCUUGUUAUGGGAAUGGCAAAUCUGGGCACAAUCACCCAUUCAUGGAUAGUUAUGCUCUCUUGGCGGUAGUUAAGAAAAGAUCAGACGUGAACCAAGUGACUGAUGAUGAUGAUCAGUCGGAAUCAUACACCGCUAUGCGUGGCAUUGUUCCUGCAGAAAAAUAUAGGAAACGGAUGUUCGCUCUCAAAGCAUUACAGGCAACACUUGAAGUUGCAACUAAUUGUAACACGAUGUAACCAACAUAACAUCAAAACGUGUCCGUGUGCUACCUACGAUCUAGAUUUAUAUAUUUCAUAAUAAUUUCC